UUUCUCGCAGCACGAGCCCUGACCAGUUGACUUGCUUCAUGGGGCUUUCAGGGAAAGAGUCCUAUCCGGCACACUUUCUGCAACUAAAACCAUCAUCUUCCCAAAAGGUCCGACAUGUCACAAUCUAUCUUUACCCCGUGCAUGAGAAGUCGACAGUGGCUCAAGAGACAACGUAAUCAUCCCGGGCUACACACCGACGUUACGCAAUUCCGGAGGGUAAGGGGCUUUUCGUACUCCUUGCCAGGACCCUGCACCAGUCGUCGUCAUUUUCGUCUUGGGAAAGGACUGUGGACUGAACAAGGUGCAAUGUUUACCCCACUGUAUGGUUGUGGCCGAUUAGCAGCACUAGAAACUCGACGAUAUGAGGUGACGUCUCCAAAUACUCUAUCAAGGACGGCGUAUCUCCUUUCCUCGUAACCUCGACAAGAAUCUUGUGAUGUCUUGUACAAUCCCCUAGGUUGACUCUUGACACUAUCAUUCUUUGUGUAGACUGACAUUCAGCAUGUGUAUCAUUCUUAUGUUCAAAGACGGGACAGGGAACGUUACGGGCAAACACCGGCCUCUCAGACCACUCGAUGACCUUGAGCUCUAGUACGAUAGCCAACAGACAACAUCAAACUACCUAUCUCACUUCUAUAUUGAAGUUACAAGUAAAAGAUCAAAGGUAUGUCAAAGCGAACUGAGGGUGAGCAUAUUCGAGCCCCAAGACAUGAUUAAGCCCAAAUUUAAGUCCCUUCCCCGCGGGAUCGUCCGAAUCUAUUAAAUAAGCUCUCAAACCUCCGAAAUCGCAAUGCAGGGCAGCACGGAGGGCUUCUUCCCUUUUGCUGCAUGGAGUUCCUGUGUCCGUGAAGUCAACAGGCGUCUUCAAUGCGAAAGCAAACAACUUUGAUGCCCAUGUGGCCGACAUGAGGGAGACAUGAGGGAUCGCUACUACCACGUCCAGCUGCUGCAACAACGAAGGCUUACUUAACCCGUCAGUGGCAACUUUACAAGCCAGAUAAUAAAACUUGCUCAAACUCGGGACGACAGCCUUAACUUCCAGAGUCAACAGGCGUGGUGUGAGUCUCGCCAGUGCUCUUGUCCAAUCGUUGCUCGCACCACUGUGGAACCUCUCAGCCUGGUGCAAAGCAUCCAAUGAUAUGAGAAGAAAACUUGCGCAUUUACCAUGGCGUUGAUCUUGAAAGGGGCACUUGACAUGACCAAGUGGUGGAGAGACAUGAUGAAGAUGCAGCUAAUUGAAAGAUCUUUUCAACGUUGGCAAGCCAUCGUGGACUGCGAAGAAGAGGGUUGAUAUAAAGUAGAGCCCUCGGGCUCACCAUUUCACAACGUUACAGAUGUAGCGUUACUAGCCACGAUUCCCUGCAUUAUUCACACAGAUCAGCGACAUUCGAGCCAUGGACAUGUCUUCGAUGACAAUGACCUCUGAGGUCACAAGCACGGGGACUAUGGCCAUGCCCACAGGAUCUUCUUCUGCGGCGGGCGGAGGAAUGAGCAUGGGAGGAGGGUGCAAGAUCUCAAUGACGUGGAACUGGACUACCAUCGAUGCGUGUAAGUCUUCAUCAUACCAUCUAGGCCCCGACUUGGGCUGACGCUCUCUUCAGGCUUCAUCAGCAGGUCCUGGCAUAUCACGUCGGCGGGCAUGUUUGCAGGAUCCUGCAUCGGCGUUAUUCUCCUGGUUAUUUCUCUCGAAUUCUUGCGCCGUGUACAGCGAGAAUACGACGCAUACCUUCGCCGCGUCGAUCGAAGGGCUACCGGUCCCGUGCAGUCUAGCCCUCCUUCCUCUGAAACCGAGAAUGAGAAAAGCAAGACCGCGUCACCUGUUACACGUGCUAUCCUUGGAGAUGCUACUCAGCGCCCUCACAUCAAUCCUAUUAUUCUCGUCCAACGGCAACUUAUCCGGGCUCUCAUCCAUAUGUUUCAGUUUGGGGUGGCGUACUUUGUCAUGUUGCUGGCAAUGUAUUAUAAUGGCUACAUCAUCAUCUGUAUUUUCAUUGGCGCGUUUCUCGGCUCUUUCAUCUUCACCUGGGACCAGCUGCUGGAAGAAUUCAAGCGUAAUCGACAGCCUCCUGAUGUUACUGGCUGUUGUGGCUGAAGGAACGAUGAGCAAGCGAAAACCCUAUACUGUUACGUCGGAUCGGAAUAGUUGUUGGAAGUGUCAACAUGAUUGUUGAAUUUCGUGCUGUCGAUUUGAGCACAACUGGUAUUUGGGACUCCCUGCAGGCAACACCGUCUCGUGCCUAGACAAAUAAUAGAUAAUGUUUUUACAGCUUUGGUUCUUUAAACACCACGCUCGCCUUGUUGUGCUCACAUAUGGCGAGGAUAUUGCCAGUCGCCUUUUCUCUCAUAGUUGCUCGUGUGGUUGCUAUUGUCCAGUUAGUACAGACACGACGUGGUCGCCUAAACCUACCUAAUCUUUGGCCGAUCUGAACCACUUCGCAGUCUAUGACCACUCGCAUACCGAGCUUAAUUGGACGCAGGAAAGUCACACUGAGGGUUCUCGAAACGCCCGGAAAUCGCCAAAAGUCCCUGGUCGCGCAAGGAGCAGUAGCAAUCGUCGUGGCCAUGUCAAAUGCCAGCGAUACCGCCCCUCCCUGCAUAUUAAACAUGGUAUUUGUGUACUUUUUGCUGACAUCCAUUUCGAACACGGCUCCCACAUGCGGCAGACCAGUUGCGCUGAUCAACUGCAAAUCAUUGGCCAUGAGACUAUACUCAAAUACCUAGAAAGGG